CCACCGUUUUAGACGACGAUUUCAAACAAGAACAAUUAGUAGGUUUGUUUUUCCAAUGUUUUUUUCCCCAAGACAAAUAAAUACGGUAUAUUUUUAAUCAUAGAGACUUUAAUAAAGUGCCUAGAAUAAAUGUGUAUAAUACAAUGCAGUUAUUGUCUAUUAUAUUAUCUUGUUCUGUAUAGCCUUUGCAACAAACGGCAGACAACGCUACGUUACUUAUAAGGGGUCGAGGCAAUACAAUUAUGCUAAUAUAUUGCGUUAUAGGCUACAGUGUGCGGCAAAAUUUCAACGACCAGGCACGGCUACAGUAAUAAUGAGAGAGUAGUUUAAUUGAGAGAGUAGCGUCAUGAGGGCACCUGCCAUUUGGAAAAUAUAGGCUAAUCCCUGUGCGCAGUGUGUUCGAACCUGGCUUCUAAUAUUGUGCACCCUUGCAGCAGUGCACACUUGAAAAUGAACACUGUCAUAUUAGCGAUAUGAGUUAUAUACUGUAGGCCUACAGGAAUACUCCCCUUUAAGAACGCACGACCGUGAGCGUGGUAGAUUUGGGCGUGUGUCGGCUAAUAAAGCGUCACCUGACCCUGACCUAACACUGACUGCACUGAGGGAAGAUAUGACAGAACCGCAGACAGAUAGACACUCUAAAUAAACGAACGAGUGAAUUAAAUACACAAUUAUUUCCAACAUCUCCAUCUUCAUAUAGUAGCCUAUUCCGCGUCCUUGGAUUGGUGCGCCGGUCAGUGUUCGCUACUGCCACAGGGGGAAGAGGCGCAACUGCUGUAGACAAAGAGGGAAGGGCAACGCGCCUAUCAGACAUUCCUGAUCAGAAAAAAAAGAUUCGGUAGGAAUAUUUUAACCCACGAGCCGACAAGGACACUGUGCGUCAUUACUACAAAACGGUUAUUUUGAAAGCUCUACAUUCUACCGGUGCAUUUACCUCCUCCGGUUUACCGUUUUGCGUGGGGAGUGGAAACACUUGACCGUCAAUUCGAUGUUCCUGCAAAACGGAUAAGAGAAUAUUCUGUGGAUUUCUGAUGAAGUUUGGACAUUUGGCCAAAUCCAUUCAUUCCGAGGACAAGAAGCGCUGCGCGGUCGCAACGUUUUCGAUCUCUUGGUUGAUUCUUUGUUAGGCCUAUUGCUUUAUUGCUGUGGUGCGAGGAAAUAUAUUCUAUUACCAGCGUAGUGUUACGUAAGAGUGGCGUUAUCCAAGGUGCUGAACUGGACGUUAUAACGGGACACAAGGCAAGGGAAGAGAGCAAUCUUGCAAGGUCACAGGCCUAUCCGUGAGGGAUUUGGAGAGGACCGCACUGCACUGGCAUCGUUGAUACCCGUAUUCCUGUAGGAAGACCGCCUUUUCAUAUUCUUUUUUCUCAUUAGUGAAAUAAGUUCUUGAGGUGGUCGACUACACGGGGAGAAAAUGUCGGGGCAGACGCUCACGGAUCGUAUUGCCGCUGCGCAGUACCAGUUGACCGGAUCAGAGGUAUCUCGCGCCGUCUGCAAAGCCACCACUCAUGAGGUGAUGGCGCCCAAGAAAAAGCACCUGGAAUAUCUGAUCUCGGCCACCAAUGCGACCAAUGUGAACAUCCCUCAGAUGGCUGACACUUUGUUUGAGAGGGCCACCAACGCCAGCUGGAUUGUCGUCUUCAAGGCCCUCGUCACCACACACCAUAUGUGUGUCCAUGGCAAUGAGAGGUUCAUCCAGUACUUGGCCUCCAGGACCGCUCUGUUCAACCUCAGCAACUUUAUAGACAAAACAGGUUCCAACGGCUAUGACAUGUCUACGUUCAUCAGACGUUAUGGCCGCUACCUCAAUGAGAGGGCCUUCGCCUACCGCCAGAUGGCUUUCGACUUCACCAAAGUCAAAAAGGGUGCUGAGGGGGUGAUGAGGACAAUGACUCCAGAAAAGCUGUUGAAAGGCAUGCCUGUCCUGCAGACCCAGAUCGACACACUGCUGGAGUUUGACGUCCAUCCCAAGGAGCUGAAUAACCCUAUCAUCAACGCAGGGUUCCUGCUGCUCUUCAAGGAUCUGGUCAAGCUGUUUGCCUCCUAUAACGAUGGGGUCAUCAAUCUAUUAGAGAAAUAUUUUAAGAUGAAGAAGAGCGACUGCAAGGAGGCCUUGGAGAUCUAUAAGAGGUUCCUGACCAGGGUCACCAAGAUCGGAGAGUUCAUGAAGCUCGCUGAGACUGUCGGAGUGGACAAAAAUGAUAUUCCUGACAUCAACUAUGCUCCCAGCAGCAUCCUGGAGUCUCUGGAGACACACAUGAACAGUUUGGAGGGGAAGAAGGGGUAAGAGGACCC